GGCAUAAUACUAGACAAGGCUAUAGUAGAUAUUACUAUAUAUAAGUUUACUUCCGGCCUACGAUAUAUAGCUGUUUUAAGAGUAAAGACAGUCAAAACCCUUAUAUUUAAGAAGCUAUUCGAUUUCUCGCUCUUUACUACCUCUCUUAGAAGUAUAGGUAUCGUACGUAAAGCAGAUAUUAACCGCCGA